AUGGUGUGAACAACAGGAUGAUAUGAAUGGAACUAAUGUGCAUAAAACGUAGACAUGAAAAUGGGUGGAUGUGGCCUUUUGAAGGCUAUAGCCCUAUACUUGUUGUUCACGUAUGCAAUCAGAGAUGUAGCUUUACUAGAUUUGCAAGGCCCAAUUUUUGUUCAUGAACCACCACAUAAGAUAGAAUUUUCUAACAAUACAGGCGGACACAUUCAUUGCUCUGGACACGCAAAUCCGUAUCCUGAGGUUGAAUGGACACCGCCUGUUCAUAGUCAUGAUUUGGUGAAAAUUUAUUCGAAUGGUACUCUCGUAUUUCAUCCUUUUGCUGUUGAAAAAUAUCGCCACGAAAUACAUGCUUCAGUAUAUAGGUGCAAAUUGAAGAAUUUAGUAGGAGUAAUUUUAAGUAGAGAAGUUCAUGUUAAAGCAGUUAUUGAUCAAAAAUACACGGUUCAGGUGCAUGACGAAUAUGUAAUUUUGGGAAAUACUGCUGUCUUAAAAUGCCAAGUGCCAAGUUAUGUGUCUGAUUAUGUUGUUGUAACUGCUUGGAUCUUAAAUACUGGAGUUCAUUUAUAUCCGAAUACGGAUAUUGGAGGAAAAUAUAAUGUAAUUUCAAAUGGUGAUUUAUAUAUAACGAAUGUAGGUCCAAAUGAUGCUCACACGACAUUCUUAUGUCGAACAACGCAUCGUCUAACUGGCGAGAUACAACAAAGUACAUAUCCAUCUAGAAUUAUAGUAACAGAACCUAAAGGUUAUGUACAACCACGUAUAAAUGUAGAAAAACAGACAACAAAACAUGCAAAUGUCAAUGGACAAAUUGUUCUAUCUUGUAUAGCGCAAGCAAAUCCACCACCUAGUUACAAAUGGUUCAAAGAAAUCAAUGACCAACUCCUGCCACUCGCAUUGAAUGAACGAAUUUAUGUCAUAAGUGAUGGACUAUUAAAAAUAUCUAAAGUAAAAUUGGAAGAUAGCGGAAAAUAUUUGUGCUUUGUAAAUAAUAGUGCAGGCGAAGAGACAAUUCAAAUUUCCUUAACUGUGACAAAUCCACUUUCCGUUCAUUUACAACCUCAAGUGCAAACAAUUGACGUAGACAAAAACGCUGAGUUUCAAUGUAUUAUAAAUGGCUCUCCAAUCGAUAAAGUGAUAUGGAUGCACAAUGGAAAGCCACUUAUUAAUGACAACCGUAUUGAAAUCCAUUCCGAUUCGCGAUUGCUUAUAAGGAAAAUUCAAAAAGAGGAUCAAGGCAUGUAUCAGUGUUUCGUAUCUAACGAAUGGGAACAAGCACAAUCCACUGCAGAAUUACAGCUCGGAGACGCGACACCGGAGUUAGUUUAUUGGUUUUCCGAGCAAACGCUUCAACCGGGUCCAUCAGUUUCAUUAAAAUGUGUUGCCACGGGUCAUCCACCACCACAAUUCGUAUGGAAGUUAGAUGGAUUUCCAAUUCCUGACAACUCUCGUUUUCUCGUCGGACAAUAUGUCACAAUACAUGAUGAUGUAAUAUCUCAUGUGAAUAUAUCCAACAUAAAGGAAGAAGAUGGUGGCGAGUAUUCAUGUAUUGCACAAAACAAUAUAGGAAAGAUAUCCCAUAGCGCACGAGUUAAUGUGUAUGGUGUACCAUUCAUUCGAGAAAUGCCUAAAAUUACAGGCGUGUCAGGUUCCGAUUUGAAAGUCCAAUGUGCCGUGUCAGGCUUUCCGAUUGAAUCAAUUGUGUGGGAACGUGAUGGACAGACAUUGCCGAUUAAUCGAAGACAACGGGUAUAUAACAAUGGAACAUUAAUUAUUGAGCAAUUACAACGCUCGGAGGAUGCAGGAACUUAUACAUGCAUGGCACAAAAUAAACAGAGUCAGAUAUCUCGUCGUAAUGUCGAAAUUCAAGUUCUCGUUCCACCACGAAUUAUGCCGAUUCAAUCAAUGACAAAUAUGCUGAGAGAAGGAAUGAGGGCGGCUAUAUCAUGUCAAAUACUUGAGGGUGACUUGCCAGUGUCAUUUCGAUGGGAAAGGAAUAAUAAACAAAUUCUUGGGACUGGAAAUGAGAUUGUUAGAAGACUUGAUGAAUAUUCAACGAGUCUUGUCAUUGAAAGAAUUUCAUCUGAAUAUUCUGGAAAUUAUACAUGCACGGCUAACAAUGUGGCAGGAUCUGAAAAAUUCACGGUACCCUUAACAGUUAAUGUUCCACCAAAAUGGAUUACUGAACCGAAAGAUUUGAAUGUACAGGCUGGACAAGAUAUCUUACUUAAUUGUGAGGCAGAAGGUUUUCCUGUACCAACAAUAACAUGGAAAAAAGCUAUUGGAAAUACACCCGGGGAUUAUAAAGAUUUUUUAUUUGAACCAAACAUUAUUUUAAAGACGAACGGUUCACUUCUUUUUAAGAAAAUCACAAAAACAUCACAAAGCUAUUAUCUAUGCGAGGCAAAGAAUGGCAUUGGAAGUGGAGUUAGUAAGGUGAUAUUUUUAAAAGUUAAUGUUCCGGCACAUUUUACAGUGAAAAGUAAACAAGUUUAUAUUGCAAAGGGGAAGCAAGUGCAUCUACAAUGUAAUGUAGUAGGUGAUAAUACUAUCGAUGUAAAAUGGAAAGUUCAAACAACGCAACAUUAUAUAGAUGAUUCAACAGAUAUUCGAUAUUCAAUAAGAGAACAGACACUGGAUGAUGGAAUGGUCUCAGAAUUAGGUAUAUCACAUACAUAUCGUCAAGAUUCAGGCAUUUAUAUUUGUAUAGCUAAUAAUGCAUAUGGACAAGAUGAAUUAAUGAUACAAUUAGUUGUACAAGAAGUUCCAGAAGCACCAAAAAAUUUACGAAUAAAUUUACAACAAUCAAGAACAAUUCAAAUUUCAUGGAAUAUACCAUUUAGUGGCAAUAGUCCAAUAGAGGAAUAUAUCGUACAAUUUAAGCCUAUUUCUGAGAGUUGGCAGAACGCCGAAAAGGUCACAAUUGCAGGAUCUGAUAUUCAAGCAACAAUCAUAAAUCUUCGACCCGCUCGAACUUACCAUGUACGGUUGAGUGCUGAAAAUAAAUUUGGAUCUUCAGAACAUUCAGAAAUCAUACAAGUAACAACAUUGGAAGAAGUCCCAAGUGGUCCACCGACAAAUGUUAAGGCCGAGACGAGAAGUUCAACAGAAAUUUAUGUAUCAUGGGAAGCACCGGAGAAGGAAAUGUGGAAUGGAAAUUUAUUAGGCUAUUAUGUUGGCUUCCAGUUAGUCCAUAAUAUAAGAAAUCGUAACGAAAUGACCCCUACUGCGGAUUAUAAUUUCAAAACUGUUGAAGUGCAAGCACAUUUCGGCGGAGAUAUUGUUCUGUCUAAUUUACAUAAAUAUUCAACAUAUAAAAUUGUUGUACAAGCAUAUACAAGCCAAGGCAGUGGACCAACGUGUAAAGAAAUUCUUAUAAGCACAUCUGAGGAUGUUCCAUCGUCUGCACCUGAAAAUCCAAAAUGUGAUGUAUUAAGCUCAACAUCGAUUUAUGUGACUUGGUCUCCACCACAUGUCGAGAGCCAAAAUGGGAAAAUUCGUGGCUAUAAAAUAAUAUUUGUACCUUCCGAGGACUAUUAUGAUAAGCAGCCACAUGUUGCAACAACCACGAAUCAAUAUUAUACAAUUGAGAAUGCAAUGAAAUUUACAAAUUAUACAAUUAGUGUUUUAGCGUAUACAUCGGUUGGCGAUGGAGUAAAGACCAAAGAAUUUUAUUGUAUAACAAAUGAGGACUUACCAUCUGCUCCGCAAAGUAUUAAGGCAAUUCCUUCUUCAAGUUCAAAUAUUAUUGUUUCAUGGUUGCCUCCGAAAUAUAGGAAUGGUGAUAUUACUGCUUACACAUUUUACAUGGCCGUAGUUGAAGGUGGUAGGGAUGAAGGAAUGCACAAAAGAAUUUUGCCACCAAAUAUUGAACAGCACGAAACACGAAGACUCCAAGAGCUGGCAACUUAUCAAUUUUGGAUUACAGCAUCCACAAAAACGGGUGAAGGUGAAAAAUCGGAAAUAGUUGUUGUACAACCAAAUAAUAAAGUUCCAGCUCGAAUUGUCUCUUUUGGUCGCCUUAUUGUAACACCAUGGAAAGAGGAUCUUGCAUUGCCAUGCAAAAAAGUCGGAGCUCCACUGCCUAGUGUACUAUGGCAACAAGAUUCUGCACAUUUAGAAACAAGUAGUAAGAAGUCUAUAGCUAAGAACGGAACCUUAUUUAUUAAAGACUGUCAACGUGCUGACGAAGCGAAUUAUACAUGUAGUGUCGAGAACACAUGGGGAAAGGAUCAUAUAACUUAUUCAAUUCGUGUCUUUGUACCACCAAAUCCACCCUCAUUAAGUGUUGUAGAUAUUUUUUCAGAUAGUUUGCUUUUACAAUGGUCUGACAAUAAUAAUGGCGGAAGUCCAAUUUUAGGCUAUGUGAUAAAUUUUAAAAAGGAUAGUGGAGAUUGGGAAGAGCUUCAAAUCGAUUCGAAAACAGACUCACAUCUUUUGUCUAAUUUGUGGUGUGGCACUAAAUACCAACUUUAUAUAACGGCAUAUAAUAAAAUUGGAACUGGCUUACCAUGCGAUAUUGUCAAUACGCAAACAAAAGGCCUUGUACCCGUACAGCCUAAACACUCUCAAAUUAUUACAAAUAAUUCAACUACAGUAACUUGUUGGCUCGAUUCAUGGGGCGAUGGUGGCUGUGGAAUUUCUUAUUUUGUUAUUGAAUGUCGAAUGUCAGGUCGUUCUCAUUGGAAUAUGAUAGCUAGUCAUAUAGCACCUACUGAAAGGACAUACACUGUAACAGAUCUUAUACCCGCAACUAAAUAUCAGCUGAAAAUUACAGCACACAAUAACGCAGGAUCAACAUCAGCAAUUUAUGAUUUUACUACAUUAACAGCUCAAGGAUAUUUAUUUACAGAAUCUGCUGUUCAAACGAGAAUGUUAUCAUCAACAUCUGAAACACCAUCAUUAGGCAAUAUGAUUACUAAAAGUCAUCCAGAAACAAGCUAUCCUGGCUCCCGUGUUCAGAAUAGUAAUUUAAGUUAUAGUUCAGGAGAAUCGAAUAAAUAUAAAAUUGAUGGAAAUGAAUAUAUUGAAGACCUUUGUCCCUAUGCGACAUUUCAACUCAAUAAGCAAACAUACAGUGAGAGCUCAUACAGUGGAAAUGUAUACAGCGGGCCUUAUCAUUCUGUUCGUGGAUCAUUUGUUUAUCAUGAUAAUCAGAAAGAUAGCUAUCGGAGCAAAGAACCUGAAUACACAAAAGUUCGUCGUUCUGGUUCACGAUUAAGAGACUCAGAAAAUCAGGAUAUUCAAUUCUUAGAAUCCGAUAAUCCAGGUUCAACUGAUUCAGAAGUCAGGAAAAUUUUAACUUUACAUAUUCCAAUUACUGAGUAUGACACUUUGGGUUCAGAAUCUGACAACGAAUGUUCAGCAAAAUCUGUUAAACAGGCAAAAUACAAAGCACAACGAGAAACAGUUGAAGAAACAUCUUCAUCAUCAGAAAAUUCACCGUCAAAUGUAUCACGUAAACAUAAGCCAACGUAUCCAACUCGAAAGUCAGCAAAAGCUUCUGCAAUGAUGAAACGUCAUGUUAGAAGUUCAAGUGGAUAUUCAAGUCAUAAUGAAGAAACGACAUUUAGUAUAUCGAAUUAUCCCAACACGUACACCGAUAUUGGUCCACCGAGUAGAUUUUCUGAUAGACUUACAAACGAAAAUGCGAGCGGAGACUCAUCAUAUGAAAAGAAAACCUCAAGUUCACCUCGAAUGCGAUCAAACCCAAAAUUUCAUCGUAGCGUACAUGCGAUGACAACAACGACAACAUCGUACAUUCUAUCAACAAUUGAACCGCAAAACACAAUGUCAACUUUAGAUGAUAAUGAUAGAUCGAAUGACCAUAAAAUGAUUAAGCUCAAUACAGACACGUCACCAUCUUUAGUCAAUUUAUCGAGUCUGAGUAAAAGUUUGGAUAUGGAGAGAAAUUUGAUGGUUAAUUUAGACGAACGAGAUCUCUGGUGUCGUUUCCAAAACUUGACAAAUGAAAUGAUUGUGACGAAAAAUGGUCGCCGCAUGUUUCCAGUUGUAAAAAUCAGCGUGUCAGGGUUAGAUGCAGCUGCUAUGUACACAAUAUUGUUAGAAUUCGUUCAAAUUGAUUCUCACAGAUGGAAAUACGUAAAUGGAGAAUGGGUUCCUGGGGGUAAAGCAGAAGCAGCGCCUAAUAAUCCAGUCUAUUUUCAUCCGGAAAGUCCUAAUUUUGGUGCUCAUUGGAUGAAGGAACCGAUUUCAUUCGCAAAAGUUAAAUUAACAAAUAAGACAAAUGGCAAUGGUCAAAUUAUGCUGAAUUCCUUACACAAAUAUGAGCCACGUGUUCAUGUUGUACGCGUUGGAAGUGAACAACGACAAGUGGUCACGUUUCCAUUUCCUGAAACUCAAUUUAUUGCAGUCACAGCCUAUCAGAAUGAGGAAGUAACAUCCUUGAAAAUUAAAUACAAUCCAUUUGCAAAAGCAUUUCUCGAUGCCAAGGAACGUCCAGACUCAAUUUAUAGCCGUGAAUCAGCUGCAUGUGGAGGCUGGUAUUUUCCAAAUUCAUUCACUGCAAGUCCAACGUCUUAUACAAAUUCAGAAAAGUAUACAGCUGCUAUAACUAAUAAGACAUCAUAUCGUACAACACCGUAUCCAACACAGAAGCCCACACCUGUUCGAGUUGUUAAUAAACAUUCACCACCAUCAAAUCAUUCUCCGCAAUAUAACCAGAAUGCGACAUCAAAUUAUACAGUUUUGGAAACAACAAAUUCAUCAUCUUUCUCAACAUAUCCUUCGUCUACGUGGCAACCGUCUACAUCAACCACAUCGGGUGCUUCUUAUUGGACAAAUCAAAUGCCACCAAAUGUUGGAAAUACAUCAUCACCUUCACCAUCUACAGGAAUCCAAAAUAUAUCACCAACAAGAUCUCCAAGUUCGCCUUAUGCUACUCCAUCACCAUCAGCAACUUAUCACCAUUUGACACCUCAAAAUCAUCAGCAAUAUCAGACGGGAGAGUUUCAAGGAAGCGUUUCUCCACAUUAUACGUCGCAAGCAUCUCCAGUUGUGCCUGUUCCACAAACUCAUCAACUUUAUUAUCCAUCAUCAUUAUCGCCAUCGUCACAUCAAAUUUAUAGCAAUAUGGGACUCAGUAAUUUUAGUUAUGCACCUGGAUGGCACGGAACUGCAGAUUAUGGAUUAUUUCAAAACACGUAUCAUUAUCAACCGGCUGAAUAUAUUCCAUUAAUUAACAAUAAUGAUGCAAGUACUUACAACCAAUCACCGAAUGAGAUGACACAAUCAACAACCUUAGAAAACCCAGAAAAGCCAAAUCAGUAUGAAUCAUUAACUCAAGCAACUGUAUAUCAUGCGGAUCGAGGGUCACAAGAAAUCAAUCGUUCUCCAGAUCAUGCAUCCAACAAUAAUAACAGCUUAGUAUUCACAAAGAAAGCAAAUUGGCCACCUUUAACGGAAGCUGCAUCAUCUUAGUCUAUGACCAAUAUUUUUUUUUGUAUUUUAAUUAUACUAUUUUGAGAUAUUAUGGAUGGUAAUUAAUUAAAUAAUAUUUUAGACUAGAAUUUUUGAUAGGGGUAAAAUCACCGAAAGAUAUUAAUUCCACGAUCCUGCGGGAUAAUAACCCCGAAAAUCGACAAUUUUUAUAUGUUCCCUGCGGGAUAUAUCUCCCAGGUAGAUAAUAAUUUCACUUACAUUUCUAAUCCCACUUAUUAUCUUUAUGGAACACGAUUAAAAUUAUGGAUUAAAUUAAAUCCAAAAACUUAUUUGUCAUAGUGGAUAAUAAUUCCACUUGUAUUAAUAAGUGGAUUUAUUAUCUAAUAGAAUUUUCAUCCAAAAACAAUCCCACUUAUUAAUUUGUCAAUUUCAUUAUUCCAAAAACUUAAAUAAGAAGAAAACAUAAAUAUUGGUUGAAUAUUUGCUUUUUAAAAAUAUAUUAUUCCAAAUUGUUUAAAAAAUAAAAUCAAGGUGGGUUCAAGUGGGUUCAACUGAUCUAAAGAUGUUAGCUAUUCCAUAUAAAAUUAUGUUCGAGAUUCGCUCGAAUGUUUAAAGAAAAUGUAGCUGUAAUUCCAUUUUGUUUCGCUUUAUUCAUUCGACUGUUUGAAAAUCACAGUUUUGUUCAAAUGUUAAGGAGUAGAUAUGUUCGAAAUGGACAUGAAAUUGGUGUUAGCCUAUUCAUAUAAACAGACAUUUUUUUUUUUGUUAAAAAAUCUCGAUAACGUUUUAAAUUUCUCAGUCUAAGAAAAAUAGGUUAUUUAUCAUGGUUCCAUAAUCCAAAGCUUUCAUAAUCCAAAUUCAAUGAGUUAUGUUUAAAAAAAAUGUUUUCAUUAAUUUCAUAUUACUGUGAAGGAUAAAUAAGCUAGAACUUUCGGAGAUAAUAACGACAAUUAAUUCUUUAGAAACCUAACCGAUCUAUUAAAAUGGUGAAAAUUCAACAAAAUUAAGUGAAAAAUUAAAAAUAUAUGUUUUAAAAUUUUGUAUUUUUUCACGGAUUAGGACAACCAAAAAGCUUUUUAAUAACUCG